AUGUACAUCAAGAAUAUCCUCCUCGCCGUCGUGGCAGUAGCCAUGGUCUUCUCCUCGGUCAGUGCUGUAACUCUGCCGUCCGAUGUGAUGCUCUUUUCCCCCGGAGAAUCUGUGCAAAAGUUCCGGGAGCGGCUGAGCCAGGCUUUGGGUGCUGCACUGCCUUCCUCGGGAGUCGCGUUGCCGGCUGAUGCUGCCGAAGCGUUCAAGAAAACUUACUUCGGAACUGCACUUAGCGGGACGAGACCUCAGCAUGCUAUUACAGGUCAACACUGGAACGAUUGGUAUCAAGGUUACUUGGCUUCGCUACGCCCGAGAACGAGAUAA